UCCCAUCAAGACAAUCCAAACGGAAGGAAUCCUCCAGCACGGAUGAUAACGUAACGUAGCCGCAACGUUGGAGCAACACCACUUCCACCGCAGCGGACAUCGCAAACAAUUUCGAAUUGCAGAUCAUCACUACAUCCGACAUGUCGGCGGCCCGCCUGCCCUACUAUCAGCAGGAUCAGGACGACCAUCACCUGCAACAGAGGCGUGCCGGGCGCGGCCAUCAGCGCGGCCACAACGAGCGAGCCUCCGGAGGAGCUUCCAGGCGAGAGCGCAGUCGCUACAGUCGGAGCCGUUCCCGCAGUCGCAGCCGCUCCGCGGAGCGCUCUGGCCAGCGUCGCCGCCGCCAGGAGCCGCAACGGCAGCAGUCCCGCUACCACAGGGACCGCGACUCCAGAGAUCGUUCCAGAGAUCGCUCCAGAGAUCGCUCCAGAGAUCGUUCCAGAGAUCGCUCCAGGGAUCGCGAACGUGAUCGAGAGAGGGACUACUCCAGACGCUCAAGUCACUACCGCCGUUCGGAGUCGCCGACCUCUGGUCCUGGCCUAGGAUCCAGCAGCAGCAGCCAGCGAAGAGGACACUUGCCAGUAUCUACCGGCAGACCAGAGUUGAGCGCCGUACAGAAGGCUGCCGCAGCAGCUGCCGCUGCUGCAGAGCACGUCCAGUUGGCCGGCAAAAGCAGCGCCGCUGCUUCGGCCGUGGGCGCCUACUACAACCUGGACACCGACGAGCCCUUCGACAAGGAGCGCAUUCACCGCGAGAUGGAACAGAAGCUGCGCGAGACGCUUGCCAGGGAGGGCAAGGUGUACCCACCGCCCAAGCCGGAGCCACCUUCGCACCCCGUCUUCGCUAACGACGGCUCGUUCAUGGAGUUGUUCAAGAAGAUGCAGGAGGAGCAGAAGCAGCAGGUGGGCAGCCAUCAGGUGCAGCAGCCAGCGAUCCUCGCCGCCGGUGGAGCGGAGGAGGUCCUGCAGCAGCAGCAGUUGGCCUUGGCCGAGGCCACCACGGUGCCCGUGCUGCCGGCAAUCGCGUUGGGGGCUGCCAGCAGCGCUGCCGCUCCGUACAUCGCCGCUGCGGCGGCAGGCAAGUUGGCGCCUCCCCCUCCCCUUGUGGGACGACGACGCGGCGGAAAAGUCCUAAAGACCGGCGUAGUGGCCAAGCUGAAGACGCCCAACGAGAGCGAUGUGGACCCGAAGGACUUCUGGUCGCUGUAUUUGGCCGAAGUCAACAAGUACAAGAGCAACGCCUGUGACACGGACAACGGCAAGAGACCGCUGGUCAAAUAGUAGCAGCAACAGUCCCGCUCCUCAUAGAAACAUGAACUUGAACGCAGGCAGAGGGGCAAACGUGAACUCCCCAGCCCAUACUCGAUUUCGAUUCGACCAAUACCCCUCUCGCACUUUGCGAUCCCCUUCUGAAUAUUUUGUACACGGGAAUAAGCGAGCACAGAUCCGUAGUUUGUAGUUAUAGUGGAGGGCUUUCGAGCUGCAAGCGCGAGCAGUGUAAUUUGUAUUUUUUUCACACGGGUCGAGGGAAUAGCUGCAGCCUCGAUAUACACAUAAUUAAAUAAUCAUAGUCUAGAUCGUAAGCCUUAACUUUAGAAGAACCAUACGAGAUGUAUCUCUCUAUUUAAUAUGAUAUAUACCGCUCAUUAAGCAACCACAAACUUGAA